AUGGGCAGCUACCUGAGCUGGCCGCGCCCCCGGCCGCCGCCCGCCGCCCCGCCCCGGGCCCCGCCGGCGGCGCCCCCGAGCCCGGCGCCCGCGCCCGCCGGCCGCUGCGCUCCCCGCGCCGGCCGCGCUCGCUCGGGGGCCCCGGCCCCGGCCCCCGCUCGCCGGCUGUCGUACGAGGACGUGGUGGCCUCGCCGCGGCGGCGGCCCCGCCGGAGGGCGCCGGCCCCGCACCCGCGGCCGCUCCCCGCCCGGCAGGCCCGCUGCCUGCUGCUGGGGCUCCUGCCCGCCCGCGGCCCCGGGGCGCUGUGCGCGGCGGGCGGCGGCCGGGGGGCCGCGGCCCUGCGCCUGGCCCUGCGGGGCGCCGCCGUCUGCGUGUGGUCCCCGCCGGGCGGCCGCGCCGGCCCCCGCGCCAAGGAGGCCGCGGCCCCCGGGCCGGGCAGCCCGCCGGGAGCCGAGCAGGAGCGCGGCCCCGCCGCCCGGGGGCGCUGCGGGCCGGGGCCGGAGCCUGAGCGCCGGGGCCCGGACGGCGCGCGCUCGGCGUUCCGGCGCCUGGUGGUGAACGGCGUCCUCUGCUCCUUCGUGCCCCGGCCCGGGCCGCUGCGGAGGGACGUGUGCGCUCAGGCCCCGCAGAGCCGCGCGGGGCGGGCGUCCCAGACCAGCGUCCUGAGCUCCUGCAGCAAACGCAACGCCAUCACCAGCUCCUACAGCUCCACCCGAGGGCUCCCCGCGCCGCGGCCGCCGCGCCCGGCCCCCCCGCCCCGCGCGCCCGCGGCCAGAGCCGGCGGCGAGGGCCGCCCGCCCGGCCCCCGCGUCCCGGCCGAACCGCGCGCGGAGGGCCCGCCGGACACGGCGGCGGGCGGCGCCGACGGGCAGAAGCCGGGCUGCGGCUCCCCCGCACCCGACGACGCCAGGCCCCGCCGGCGCAGGGUGCCGCUGCUGCCGCGGAGGAGAGACGCGGGGCGGCUCCUGCCCUCGCCCCCGCAGUUAGGCUUCCCGGUCACCGCCGAGGACCUGGACCGAGAGAAGAGAGCCGGGCUCCAGUGGAUCCGCCGGGUCCUGGAGGGGUAA